GAGUGUACUUCAUCGUUUCAGGCGUUUCCUCAGGACGCGUUUUACACGAGAUUUGGCCCGCGGGCCUCUCCGUAGUGAAAGGUGUGGCAGAACGGGAGACGCAGAAAGGAACUUGGAUUGUGAUUGGUUUGCACGUCGUGUUCCCGGAACUCAGUGGGCGUCGCGCGAAGGCUGAGGGGAGCGUUUUGGUCCCGCUCUUGGUAGUGUUGCGGGCGGUGCUGGGAAUCUGAGGGUCGGUAUGCCGCGGUAUGCGCAGUUGGUCAUGGGCCCCGCAGGCAGCGGGAAGAGCACCUACUGUGCCACCAUGGUCCAGCACUGUGAAGCCCUCAAUCGGUCUGUCCAAGUUGUGAACCUAGAUCCUGCUGCAGAGCACUUUAGCUACUCCGUGAUGGCUGACAUCCGGGAACUGAUCGAGGUGGAUGAUGUGAUGGAGGAUGACUCCCUACGGUUUGGUCCCAAUGGAGGAUUGGUAUUUUGCAUGGAGUACUUUGCUAAUAAUUUUGACUGGCUCGAGAACUGUCUGGGUCAUGUCGAGGACGACUACAUCCUUUUUGAUUGCCCAGGUCAGAUUGAGUUGUACACUCACCUGCCUGUGAUGAAACAGCUGAUUCAGCAGCUAGAACAGUGGGAGUUCCGAGUCUGCGGGGUUUUUCUUGUUGAUUCUCAGUUCAUGGUGGAGUCAUUCAAGUUUCUCUCUGGUGUCAUGGCAGCCCUGAGUGCAAUGAUCUCUCUAGAAAUUCCGCAAGUUAACAUCAUGACGAAAAUGGAUCUGCUAAGUAAGAAAGCUAAAAAGGAAAUUGAGAAGUUUCUAGAUCCAGAUGUGUAUUCUUUGUUGGAUGAUUGUACAAGUGACUUAAGAAGCAAAAAAUUCAAAGAAUUGACUAAAGCUAUAUGUGGACUGAUUGACGACUACAGCAUGGUGCGAUUUUUACCUUAUGACCAGUCAGAUGAAGAAAGCAUGAACAUUGUAUUACAGCAUAUUGAUUUUGCCAUUCAGUAUGGAGAAGACUUGGAAUUUAAAGAACCAAAGGAACAUGAAGACGAGUCAUCUUCUGUGUUUGAUGAAUAUUUUCAAGAACGCCAGAAUGAAUGAAGAUUUUAUGAAAAAGUAACUGUAUACAUGUGAAGAGUUUGUGGCUGAACCCACAGAACAUUCUUCUCUUCGAAGGAUGCAGUAGUAGAAAGCUACUUAUUUUAAUGGAAAAAAAUACUACGGUCAUGCACCGCAUCACAUCCAUUCGGGCAACGUCCAACCGUAUAUAUGUCCAUGGUCCCAUAAGGUUGUUUUUUUUUUGUUUUGUUUUUUAAGGGAAAGCUGCUCACCCUUUGUUUGUUAUUUCCCCCUAAUGAUUUUAAAGACCCUAAACCCCCAGAAUGAAUGAGCAGUGGGGCUCCAGGGUGCAGCCCCAUCCCUGCAGCACCUCCUCCUCUGUCUUCUCCUCUUUCC